GUGUAUGUUUUGCAAUAUUAAUGAAGUGUCAAAUUUUUGCCUUCCUUCACCAGUGUUCUUUCAGUCGAAGAUUUAAUACAAUAACAACAAAGUGAUUUCCAAUUACAUUCGUUCGACAUGGGCUCCAUAGCAAGUAGACAAAAUGCUGAUGUGGAAGAGGCAGAAAUCGGUUCGAAUCAAAUUCCGUACAAAUACAAAUAUCCACCGAAAUCAGGAAACUACUUUGGUUCACAUUUCAUAAUGGGAGGUGAGCGAUUCGAUACACCACAACCCGAAGCGUAUCUUUUUGGCGAAAAUGCAGACCUAAAUUUUCUGGGCAGUCGACCGACAGCGGUAAAGUUUCCUUAUCCACCGCCACAAGCAAACGAACCGACAAAGACACUGAAAAGUUUGGUCAACAUUCGCAAGGAGUCGGUACGGUUUGCUAAAGCUCCGGAUUGUGCUACAAAAAUCCAUGGUGACGGUUCAACGAACAAGGGCAACUCAUUUAAUAUCGAAUUUAUCUACGAGGCGGACGCAAAGUGUGCGGUAACGAUAUACUAUUUUUGUACGGAAGACAUUACAUCAAAUGGUGUAAAUUAUAUAGUCAAGGAUCCGUCAUUAACAUCAGAGACCUUCCAUUGUAGUCGCGGUGUAAAUCAACUAUUUUCACAGAAUUCGCAUAUCUUCAAUCCUAGUUUGUAUUCGGACGAGGAACUGUGUUACAAUCCAGAACGAGAUGUAUAUCCUAUCGUUAUCCACUGUGUCGUAGAGGAAGGAGUCGAAGCUGAAACCAAACAGUCACACACAACAAUUUGUGUUGUCGACCACCAUUCAGACGGAACAUACGUACUGAGAGCAUUAAAGCAAAAGAUUUACGUUGACGGCCUGUGCUAUCUGCUGCAAGAAAUUUAUGGCAUUGAAAACAAGAACAUCAACAAGGUUUCGAUUGAUGACGAAACCGACGACAACGGGAGUGAGUGUGUCAUUUGCAUGAGCGACACACGGGACACAUUGAUAUUACCUUGUCGACACUUAUGUCUUUGCAAUUCAUGCGCUGAUUCUCUGCGAUAUCAAGCGAACAAUUGUCCAAUUUGUCGAGCACCAUUUCGAGCUUUGCUACAGAUACGCGCUGUUCAGAAAAGCGUUGCAAGCGCUUUGAAUAUAACCCCACAACAGGAUGGCGACAACAUUCCUCCCGGAUAUUCACCCGUGUCGUUGAUUGAAGCAUUAAAUGGUCCACCGCAAGUAACUGUUCGGAAUCAAACGACAACCGAUGUUAGUGAUGGUGCUGAUACUGAUGCAACGAAUGCUGCCGAAAUACUGAACCGUAGCUCCGAUAGUGGACAGAAAGAUUCGGCCCGAUUAUCAAAGACGAAAAAUCCGCCAGAGAUACGGAUGUCAGUUUUAAUGGCUAAAGAUGAUCCAAACAGCGGAAAACAUUCAGCCACAACAAAUAUUCGAGAAAAGAGCCCACGAUUAAAAAACAACACAAAAGUUCAAUCGGGUCGUGACAGUGUCAAAAUUGUUAAUGAAAAAAAUGCCGCUAAUCUUCAGCCAGUCGACGUGGAUGAAGAUAGUGACGCUGAAAAAUUGUCACCGCUAUUGGAUCCGAAAGUGAACGAAGUGUUUAACAACAAUAAAAUUCCGAAUUCAGCAUUACAUAUUGAAGGAGUGGACGAAUCCAUUGACGAUACCGAUACGGAAGUCGAUGACCAUGACGAGAAAAAAACUCGGCCCAUUCUGACAACAGAUAACGAUGCUAGUUUAGCUGGUGCUGAAGAUUCAGACUAUUACACUCCAGAAGAUCCGCACACCACCAUUUUGAGUCCGUUGUGUCCAGAAAAAAACAAGACAACGGAAUUCGGAAAGUCAAAAGAAAAUUUGUCAACCGUUCCAGUCAUUUCUCCAACUCUUAAGGCUCUCAAAGAGAAUAUCAGUUCGAUUCCAGGAAGCCCAAUUAGUGGUGGUUCGGCUGUAUCCACACGAAGCUCAAGUGAUAGCUAUUCGUCAAGUUCGUCGACAAGACAGUUAUUAUCAUCGGUACCUGCAACAAACGAGACACCGCUCCAUAUUUUAGAUGUGAAAAUGUGUGAUGACAAACAGCAUUCGUUGGAUAAAGCGGUACAUGUUUGAGUGUGAACGGAAGUGGACGUGCUAGUCUAACUUCCCCUUUUUACUAUAUUGCAUUCAUUGGCCAGACUUAUAGUUAAAGCACAAUGUUGAAUAGAAUUCUUGCGGUCUAAGUUGACGAUUUUUGUUGUUCUUUUGUUGACAAAAGUUCUUUAGCAAAAGCAAAAUCGCAAAUCAGAUCUAACAUUGUGUCGGUUAAGCUAUUUCGAGAUUAUAAUUAACAGGCUCGACGCAUUUGACGUGCGUCUAUGCUACUCAAACUUCAUUAAUUUUUAUUUAUGGUUAUUGAAUCAGCAACAAUGUAAAGAUUAAAAGAUAAUUAAACCUCACUUGAGACUAAA